CUGAGUAAUGCCAGCGGUUUCUCAAAUGGCUGAUGCAAACCUGGAGAAUUUGCAUCAUCAUUCAGCUAGAGUAACUUGGUAUGACAAGAGCUUAAAUACAAGUCCAUGCGGAAGCUGAGCUGGUUUCCAAUGAUAGGGCAGUACCACAGUGUGAAAACGCAGGUGUUCCUGAGCUGGGCUUGGAUCACAGGAAGGGCUCACAUACUCUUUAAGAGCUUGUUACCUGUGUGUAGGAGCAGCUGGAAAGAUAAGAGAAAACAGAGGAAGAGACAAAGUAGUUGGCUACAUAGAGGAGGAAAAAAAACCCUUCAGUUUCUGCUGAAAACUUUCCUGCCUGUGCUUGCCAGCAGUGUGCUGGUGGCACUGUAGCAUGUUUAGGAAAGCUGCUGUGCCCACGGUCUCUAAUGGAAGCUACUUGCAGGGACAAGCUAAUGGCAAGUUGUCCUCUCUGGACAGUGGAGAGCCAGCCCAGGAGGGAAAAGUUGUGCUGAAGAAGAAAGUGACGCUUUUGAGGGGGAUAUCCAUCAUAAUUGGCACUAUCAUUGGAGCUGGCAUCUUCAUCUCUCCCAAAGGCAUCCUGAAGAACACAGGCAGUGUGGGCAUGUCCUUGACUGUCUGGACAGUGUGUGGUGUCCUCUCGCUUUUUGGUGCCCUCUGCUAUGCUGAACUAGGAACAUGCAUUAAGAAAUCUGGUGGUCACUACACCUAUAUCCUGGAGGCCUUUGGCCCAUUACCUGCAUUUGUGAGGGUCUGGGUUGAACUCCUCAUCAUUCGCCCUGCUGCCACAGCAGUGAUAUCAUUGGCAUUUGGACGCUACAUCUUGGAGCCUUUCUUUAUGCAGUGUGAAAUCCCAGAGCUUGCGAUUAAACUUAUUACAGCUGUUGGCAUCACACUGGUGAUGGUCCUGAAUAGCACAAGUGUCAGCUGGAGUGCCCGCAUUCAGAUGUUCCUUACCUUUUGUAAGCUUGUAGCAAUUCUGAUAAUUAUAGUCCCUGGAGUUAUCCAGCUAAUUAAAGGAGAAACACAGCACUUUAAAAAUGCCUUUGCAGGGAAUGAUGCCACUGUUAUGGGAUUACCACUUGCUUUCUAUUCAGGAAUGUAUGCCUAUUCAGGCUGGUUUUACCUCAAUUUUGUUACUGAAGAAGUGGAAAACCCUGAAAAAAACAUACCCCUCGCAAUAUGCAUUUCAAUGAUUAUCGUCACAGUUGGCUAUGUGUUAACAAACGUGGCUUAUUUCACUACAAUCAGUGCUGGGGAAUUGCUGCUUUCAAAAGCUGUAGCAGUGACCUUUGCUGAACGACUAAUGGGAAACUUCUCUUUAGCUGUACCCGUGUUUGUUGCUCUCUCCUGCUUUGGAUCUAUGAAUGGUGGUGUUUUUGCAGUCUCCAGGAUGUUCUUCGUUGCAUCCCGUGAGGGUCACCUUCCAGAAAUUCUCUCCAUGAUUCAUGUCCGCAAGCACACUCCUCUGCCAGCUGUCAUUGUUUUGCAUCCUCUCACAAUGAUAAUGUUAUUCAACGGGGAUCUCUACAGCCUCUUGAAUUUCCUCAGCUUUGCCAGGUGGCUUUUUAUUGGACUAGUAGUUGCUGGGUUGAUUUAUCUCAGAUAUAAACGUCCUGAUAUGCCUCGUCCUUUCAAGGUUCCUCUAUUUAUUCCAGCGUUGUUUUCCUUCACUUGCCUCUUCAUGGUUGCGCUGUCACUUUACUCUGACCCAGUGAACACAGGGAUUGGAUUUGCAAUAACUUUGACUGGCAUUCCUGCCUACUACCUCUUCAUUGUAUGGGACAAUAAGCCAAAGUGGUUCAGAAAGCUUCUAGGCAGGGUAACCACAACAUUACAAAUCCUCUUGGAAGUCAUCCCAGCAGAGGAAGAUCAGAAAUCAUGAUCACCAUGUACAGCUUUUGGCUGGGUGUUUCAUUUCUACCUGAAAUAAAAAGAGUAGGGAGAUUUAUCUCCCUUCCUAACAUGCUGCAAACUGGAGGAACAAGUCACAGUUGCAAUGGAUACCGAACAAGUCCCUUACCAGAAUUGUCUUUUAUGAUGCUGUUGCAACAUUUUUUCUUUUAACACAGUUGGUCUAUAUGUAGAAAGCAUAGUAGGUUUAAGUGAUGUGUAAUAGCUGGGUGUACUGUGAAGAAUGGAUCUUGCUUUCUGUCCCUGGAGAUCUCAACUCUCACCAGAGUAAGGGUGAAAUAAAGCUGCUGAAUUUCACAUACUACAUUCUUCCCAUCACUCUGUUUGGCAGCCUGAUUUGACUUUUGACUUGCUGGAAGCCCCAGCGCACAGAUACAGAAGCACAACUCCUCAGACAUUUGUGAUGGCAAACUCAAGUCUUCAUUCCAGAGUUCUUACACCAUAGCCAACAGAAAUAUCUUCUGAGACUCAAUAUUUCUGCCAGUGGGGCAGAAAGAUUUUAGCACGGGAAUUUUAGCAGUAAUUUCAUGCAUGUUAACUUUUUUACCAGGCUGGAAUUGAUGACUGGUUUUUACCAGUGUUUGUGUACCUACAUACACAAAAUCCAGCAAGUUGAGCACUGACCUUCAAAUGAGUCAAAAUAUUUGAAGAUCACCUCCACUGCUGUAUGAAUAUUUCCUAUCUGGGAGCAUAGGGUCCUGCAGUUAUAAGUCAGGCAACCCUGAUUUUAAAGUUUUACAUCAGUGUUGGUGGGCAGAAAUAGAUGUCACUCAGUAGGAACAUGGUAAAGACAUGGCAAUAAAUGCAAUACUUUUUUAUGAAUAAGGCAUAAGGCAGGCUACAGCAGAUUUGCUGAUUUGAGUAGGAUGUGUGCCUGAUCUGUGGGCUUUUCACUCAAGCACACUCCAGUUAACAGAGCUUUGGAACGCUGAGGAACAUGUGCUUUUCCUGUCUUCUCACGGAUUUUAUCUCAGCAGUAACAGAGAAAGGCCUUCAAAACUGAUAAAAUGAAAUGAAAUUCAUCUCCAGAGCUAUUUUUGAGCUGAACUCUGGCUCAAAUAUGAGCUGAAAUUUUGCCCUUUUUAAAAGAUAAUUGUAUAGCUGAAGAAGAUUUUAAUACUUAGAAAUUGAAUUUUAUAUUCUUAAUGACUACCCAACCUUAAGGUUAAGGUUUAUUAUCACUCUGUUAAGAACAUAACACCUAACUAUUGAAUGCACUACUAUUUGAGCUGUCUGCUUUCAGCAAGUCACGUUUCAUGAAAAUUCUUAUGGAAUUAAGCAACAUUUAACUUCCUAAAUUGGGAGAAAAGCACAACUAGUAGCCAGACCACUACAGUAAAGGGAGACUGUGUAUUGUAUAUGUGUUGUAUAUAUCCAGAAUAUCUACUGCUUUAAAGGUGUACAGUAAUGUGUCUUAAAUGUAUACCUGUAUUUUGAUUUUGUAUCUCUGUGGUGGAAUUCACAAAAGUAGGGAAAUGCAAGUAACCGCUUAUGGAGAAGAGCAGUAAUUUAAGACACAAGAAGCAUUUUGCAAAUAGUGUUUUUCUUUUAAUGUUUUCUGUUUACAGCAAUUUAGUGUUAUUUGAAAUUUUUUUUAGGCAAAUAUUUUGAGAGAGUUUUUUGUGCUGACAGUAGAUGUGUUUAUUUAGUACUUACCUUUGGGUCACAAUUCUGCCCUUGAGGCCAUCUCCUGCCAUCCCCGUUCUUUGGGGUUGGCCUCUGUCGUCAUGGAGCAUCUUUAAAGUACACAAACUCUGCUUCUCUCUGACAGAAAUAAUCUGUCUGGCACCCUGCAGGAGGGCAUCUAACCCAUUCCUCCCCUAAUGAAUGCAAAGCGCAUGGGAUCCAGAGCAAACCACUUCCAGAGCAACAGUGGAUGCGACUAUGUCACUCUGUUUUGUUCCCAUGUAUUCACUUCUGUUGUGCCACAUUACUUGAAAAUUGGAUUGUUGGCAGUGUUAACUUGUAGAAAUAAAUGGGCUCCAUAACUAUAACUGGAUGUUGCUUUAUUUUCCCAUUGUGGUUUUUAAGGUUUAGAAAUGUUUCUGAAGCCUGAUUCAGUGAACAGAUUUUUACUAGCUUUAGUUGAUGCAAAGGGUUAAUUUAUCCCAAGGGAAAUCCUAGGACUUGUUGAUUAUGAAGUUAUAUACUUUAGGAAGGAAAAAAAAAUUACAUGCAAAAUAAAAAUCUGGAGUUUUUGAAGGUGCACAGGGAUUUUAAUUUCAGGUCUAGUUUCUUUAGCACAUGCAAAUGCAAUACAAAAUAAUGUAAUUGGGUUUCCACUGUAUGAUGAAAAUCAGUAUUAGGGAUUUUUAUUACUCUUGAAAGUGAGGCAUAGCUUCAGAAAUUGAGUAAAAACAUAUUUUCUUAAAGCAUCAAGUUCUCUUAUAAGGUUGUUAAGUAUUUCUUUUCAGAGUCAUAGAGGAAAUUCUUCUAGAAUAAAGAAUAAACUUUUUAUAUAUUUUUUCUUAUUAGGGCCUGAGGUGGUCAGCCAAUAAGACCAUUUCUGUGGAGAUAUUCAGUGGCUCUUAUUUUUCUUGCCUUUUGCACUUUUAUACCAACUGGAUGUGCCAAAAGAUAUCUUCCUUUUUUUUUUUUUUUUAGGUGGUUGUUCCUGUUUUUUUUUCUUCUUUGAAUUUGUCGCUUUUCUGGGGUAUAGGUAAAAGUUUCCCUGAGGGCAAGAGAAAUUGGUAUCUUAUGUGAGUAGCAAAUACUGGUCAGGUUUAGUAUAAGAUAAAGAAACCAUUCAGCACCUGAAGCCUCUGGAGGGGCUGACAUGCCUUUGCAUUUCCUAAUCUGGAGCAUCAUGAUUCCCCUGUAAGAAUUAUUUAUUUUCAAUUCAAAUUGAAACAGAGGCUUCUUUUGAUCACACUACAUCUUCUGUAUUUUUCAAUCUGAAUGGAAAAAAAAAACCCCAAAAAACUUUGCUUGCCAAAAGUUCAUGUGCCUCUCACUAUAUGUAAAUAAAUAUAACUUUGUCUGAAUGUGUAUGCUCCUGCUUUUUUGAUUUUCACAGGAAAAUCAGGCUUCAAUUUAAGAAUAGUUUUCAAAUAUUUUUCUACACAAGAAAGUAGUAGUUACCUAUUUCCACAGGGUGCAUAAUUGUGUUGAUG